AUGAUGUUCAAUGGAAUUAAUGCAGUAUUAGUUGUUAUGGGUCCAGUAUUAACUGUAAUAGUGCCAGAAUUAGUUAUCAUGAUGCUAGCAUUUCCUAUUAUGGUGUUGACAUCGGCUGUUGUGAGGCUCUUAAAUAAAUUUUUUAUCUGUGAAAUCCUCAUAAUCAAGCUAGUGGUCGUUGCAGUGACAGAAGGCAGCGAGACGAACGAAGAGGUUCAACUGAGUGCCUCUCAGUUUUCAAAUAACGAGAAAGAUGGCAUAGGACCUGCUGUAGAUGUCAACGAAGACAAUGGUGGUGAACCGCUUCAUGACCUUGCGACCUCAACAUCUCCAGAAUCCAGCGACGAAAGAAACGAUGCUACAGAGUCAGCCUCUGAGGUCGUUGGAAAAAGUAAAAAUUCUAAUCAGUUUCGGCCAGAGGAUUUACAUGACAACGGAGCGAUGGCGAACAGAGACUCGGAUAGAAAAGGAAGAAAAAUCAUACCAACAGAUUGGGAAGAAGGGAAAGAUGUUGAUAGCCUGUGGUACAGUGAUAAUUUAUCCCCGUCACACACUAUUAAUCGUUUUAUUGACGACUUUAUUAGGAACUCUAGUAGCCAGAACGUAACAACGACCAGGACAACUGGUGUGAGGGACUCGACAAUCUCCCGGAGAUAUUUAAGUCCCUCUGACUCGAACUUCACGACGCGAGUGACGACUGGUCAGUGCGGUGGGGUUAUCGCUGUUACUAACAAAUACCAAACCAUUACUACUCCAAAUUACCCUGACAACUACCCAGAAAACUCUUUGUGCAUUUGGAAUAUUUAUUCUCGUACAGAAAAGGAUUAUGAUCAGAUCCUGAUAUGGAUUCAAGAUUUCGAACUGGAAGGUAGUGACUGUAGCGGCGACUCCCUCAAGAUCACAGACGUCACAGUGCGAAAAACAGCAAUUUUCUGCGGCGAGAAAUCCAGAAGACCUCUAUUUUCAAUGGGCAAUUCUCUGAAGCUUACAUUUACGAGUGACAAUGCAGGCAGCAGAAGAGGGUUCACAAUCGGAAUAAAAGGCAUUUAUUCAACUUGUGGCGUUAUUCACAACACGAUAGGUAACGAACCUCUGGUUCUCUCUACUCCUAAUUUCCCACAGGCAUUCCCAGAAGAAACGCGCUGCCAUUGGCUCAUAGUAUCAAAGGGAGAAAUGGCAUUAAGAUUGAUGCAUGACUAUAGCGACAACGGAAGCCAUGAUUCGUUGUUCAUCUCUACAGAUUUUUUAAACAAGUAUGACAAGUACAAUCUGCAAAGAAUCUAUGUAUCGAAUGUGUUUUCUAUAAUUUUUGUUGCCAAACUGUUGUUAGAGAAAAGUCAACAGCAUCUGGGGUUACAAUUUCAAUUGCUACCAACAACAACAACUCAGUCUUGUGAUCAAACUUUAACAGUAACUGCUAAUUCAACAGUUGUUAUCAACUCCAGCAGAUAUCCAAGUGGAUACGACCCAUCAACUAACUGUCAGUGGACUAUCAAAUACGACACAAAUAAUCAUUAUAUGUCAAGUCUCCGCUUUAUAGACUUUGACGUUGAGAACCACAUUAAUUGUCGCUAUGACUCCUUACAGAUCAUCGAUGAAAUGAGGGGCUUUAGCAAGACCUAUUGUGGAAAAGAGAAAAAUUUCGAGUACUUUACUGAAAGCAAGAUACUGAAACUCCAUUUUAAGAGUGACUCACGUGAUAUUUACUUCCAUAAAGGCUUUUCACUAUACGCCUCCGCAGAGAGGAUAAGGAGAGACGAGUGUGUAGUCACAAGGCCUGAAAGCGACACUUGGAUAAUAAAAUCCCCAGUGUAUAAACAAGUCAGUCCAGCUUUCACUGUCUGUAGCAUCACCAUCAGAAGCACCACAUCACUCAGAUUUAGUGUCCGCUUUGAUAAAUUCAGUCUCCAAAAAAGUGAUCCGUGUAACAAGGGUAACUACUUGUCUAUAGAGGACGUGGAUAUCAACACAACGGAGUUGUUCUGUGGUGGGAUGGGUGGACAUAAGUUCACCACUGCUGGAAAUGCCAUCAAGUUAUUCUAUUCGUCUGAGAGUAAAAAUAGCGCAGAAGGCUUUAACAUAGAAAUAAAAUCACUCUUUGAUUCUGACUGCGGGGGGAGCUACAAGCUCAGACCUGGAGAGAGUAAAGAAUUGAAUGCUCAUUCCUUCAUAAAGCUGGAGAAGGAAUGUGUUUGGGUUAUUCAGGGAAUAAACGGGAUUCUCGUUCUUGACUUUGAGCAAGUGGAGAAUGUACGAGUGUCACUGACUGGCCUCCGUAGAGAUCUUUAUAAUUACAACUCCAGAACGAUUCACUUCCUCGAGCCUUCUAAUAAAUAUAUGAUACUCGCCAAGGAGAAUAAUGUAAAGUUUCAAGCCACAGCUUAUACCACAUUUUCACAUUGUGAAUCUACCCUUAGUCUCAGAAAUACACCUGUAAUACUAAAUAAUUUAGGUAACUCAUACUGUUCUCAGGUGGUGAGCUUCUCCAGCAAUGACAGAGACGUUCUUUUUGCAAUUCAAUACACCUUGCUCUCCUCAACACAUUCCUCGCCCUGCCCUUUAGAGGUAGUCGACGCAGAGACUGGCACCAAGAGGAAAGUUUGUAACAAAGACUGGAAGAAAACAUUUACAGUAUUAAGCGAGAAACUGUACAUAACUCCCGCUAUACCAGAAUAUGAUAUCUCAAGUAAGUUCAUGCUUCUUCUAAAGCCAGUCAAAUUUACCUGUGGGGAUACCUACGAAGUAAAAAAUAAAAUAAUCUUGAGAAGCAAAAAUAUGGAAGUGAGAGAGACUUGUGUUUACAAAUUAACAAGCGAACGUCAUAGGAUUGCAUUAGAUGUAGCCACGGAAAGCAAGGAAGCUCUUACCUACAUUAGCGUAUCCACCGACGGGUCCUUCUACAACUUAAAGGAGCUAUCCUCUGCAACUACAACCUCGUUGGUAACGACGAAAGAAUUCUUAGUUGUCGUUAAACCGUUUCCAAGAAGUGUGAGUUUCGUGUUACAGGCUAUAAGAGAGUCUCCGGUAACUUCAUCUUGUAACACCUGCGUGAUCGUCGAGCCAGGCAGUGAAGGGAUUAUAAAGUCACCCAGUUCCCCUAACCUCAACACUUACCCUUCUGGAUUAUUCUGUAGCGUUAAAUUUGAAUCCGAAAAUAAAAAUAGAAGUGUUAUUUUGGAAAUUGAAUACCUGGAUCUUCCUACAAAUACGUCUUUAGAUUCAUUGUUUCUAGUGAAGGAUGGCAUCUGGAGUGCUAUUGAUGCUUCACGUCUGCCUAUCUUGAAUCAAAAUUUGAUCCUUGAAACUCCCUUCUUUCUGCAGUUCAGAACCUUGACCAAUAAUAAACAUAAAGGAUACAGAAUACGAUACAAGGUCAACGAGUGUGGCGGAGUAGUAACAUUAAAUAAUAACACAGCAGUAACGCUGCAGUCUCCUGGUUACGGUGACGUGUACCCAACAUACAUCCAAUGUGUGUGGCUCUUCAACACAAAUAUAACAAAUAUAAGUGAUAGGAUUAAACUGAAAAUCGUUGAGUUUGAUCUACAUGAAUCGGAUUCAUUUGAAGUGUUUGAUCCACUGUAUUCUAAAGUUCCUGUUGCAAUAUUCAGAGGUUCAGCAGCUAAUCAAGGAAUAAGAAGUGUUGGAAGCCAGUUGAAGGUAGUGUUUACAUCUGAUUCUCGCUACGUAAGUUCUGGGUUCGUUUUCAGAGUUCGAGCAGUCGUCUCGGGCUGCGGUGGCGACAUUGACACAAGUAUCAAGGAAGAAGGGACAAUUACAACUUUGGAUGCUUUCCCAAACACUGACUAUUGUUUAUUCCGUCUACGACCCAGCCAGGGACGUGUGAUGACUCUCACUCCCCUGAAGACAUCUAACAACAGACAAGAACGUGAACACUUACCACGUAAAAGUCUCAGGUUACCAGAGGAACCUGAACUUGUAAGGGAUAACAAGUGUCAUGUGGGUAGUGUAGUAAUAUCUACUACUGGGUUCCUCAGAGAUGGUCAGAGAUUCUGCGUAGGCGAUCCUGUUGCAGCCAUCUCGUCCACACAAGACGUGUUGGUGGUAGUAAAAGCUCCUCCUCUACCUCCUGUGGAAUUCCUCUAUCACACAGGAAGUUGUGGGGGAGAGCUAGCAGGUGACAAAGGAUUAAUGGGCUUUUUAUCAUCUCCGAAUUUUCCUGAUAUGUUCACCGGACCUGUCACCUGUACUUGGACAUCUAGUGGUCCUCUUCUGAUUACACUUACGUACCUGGAUAUUCAGCCGAGUAUGGAUUCCCUUAUCUUUGCGGAUCACAAACGUGUUAUUACCCUGACUUCGUCCCAGAUUCCACGCUACUUACAACUUGACGGUCCUGCUACAAUCAUCUUCUCCGGCAAUAGUAUUGGCGUCAAGACUGGGUUUCACCUGCAGUACGAAAGUGUAGAAGUCAAUGGCGUAUGGGAUGUAGGGGUGAGCGCUCCUGUAAUUCUUCUAGGCUGGCAAGGGGCCCAAACAAGGCCCUCAGUGUGGAAAGUGAGGGCUCCCAUUGGCUCUAAAGGCCUCACGCUGCGACUCUGGGCUGCAUACAUUCCCAACAACCCACAAUGCAAGGAAAGCUUUCUCCUUGUGUACGGGGAGGCGGACAUGGCUCAGAGGCUGUGCGGUGGGCUGGCUAUGAACACCUUGCAUUUUGUGGGUCGUGACAUGGUUCUCAGCUUGCAAUCUUCCUCCCCACUAGCUGCUUUCAUCGCUUCAGAUCCGGACGAGAGGCGACAGAUAUACAAACAUUCCUGUAUUUGGACUGAGAUGCUGGUAGAGUUGGCAGCUCUUUAUUCUCCAGUGGUGUCGAUGACAGUGGAACCCAAGUCACUGAAGAAGUCUAUUACACAUUUAUCUCAGGGUGAUGGGUAUCCGAUCCUACUAUACCAAAACAGUACCGAUAACCAACACACAAGUCAGCAUCACCUCCCUGCUACCAACACAGACAUAUCAACAUCACCGCCCUGCUACCAACACAGACAUAUCAGCAUCACCGCCCUGCUACCAACACAGACAUAUCAGCAUCACCGCCCUGCUACCAACACAGACAUAUCAGCAUCACCGCCCUGCUACCAACACACAAAUCAGCAUCACCGCUCUGCUACCAACACACAAAUCAGCAUCACCGCUCUGCUACCAACACACAAAUCAGCAUCACCGCCCUGCUACCAGCACAGACUAAUGCUUCUCUCCUUCAUAGCCCUUAAGUAUAAACAAAGGGUCGCCACAACUCAGGCAGCUACAUCACAACACUAUCAUUACCAUUCUAAGCUUUGGACUGAUAGUACCGCAGGAGAGCUGGAAAUGAUCGGUCGAGCUGAGAAGAGUAAUGAAAAGGUGUCGAAUGAAAAGCGGUAA